CAUUCUAUCUAGUAAUUAUAUACAGUUUACAAAUCCAUAUUUUAUUAAAAUAGGAACUAAAAGCUCAUUUUGCAAACUGGGAUCAUGUUUUCUUAAUAGAAAAAUAGUUUCCAAACUGAUAUCACUUUUCAAAAUUAAUAGAAUAUGCCAUUUCCAAACUGAGAUCAGCUUUAUUUCUUUAAUUAUAAAAAGUGAUCUCAAUUAAGAAUGAGCCAAAAUAAUGAUUGUCUGUAUGAUUAUUGUUGUCUGUUUGGCAGUUGUUACGUGAAAUAGUUCUGGCUUUGCAAGUUGAUGCAUAUUUAUUUCUUCAUCCGAGUAUAGAAAUAUGAAUAUUUCUUAGAUAAUCCUCAGUUCUUAUCAAAUGCGUUUGGUGGCAAUGGUGCCGCGACGAAGAGCCUCAGCUAAAGAAAGAACCUGAGAUGUAUGCAGUGAACGAAAUGCUAAUGGUAUACAUUUCAGAAAUAUACCCUUUUUUUAUUUAGUUGGUCCUUCAACUAUUAAUGGAACCGCUAUUAAUCCAUCAAUGACAGGUGCUCCCCUUCUUAGUCAAUCAACUGAGACAAAUGCCGUUUAUACUAUCACAACUGUUACAUCAUCUCAUGUCACUAAAGGUGAUCAACGAAAAGUUCAACAAUAG